AUGUCUGUGAACGGAAUCCUCACAUCCCCAUCGCCUCCGAGCGAGGAGCCCGGGACUGUGCUCUUCGAGACGGACAGGCUUCUCAUAAGACGCUUCCUCAUCUCCGAUGCACCGAGCAUGGCGGCUCUGGGCAACGACCCUUCCGUCGCCGCCAACUUGCGCAACGGCUUCCCGUCUCCAUACACCAUCUCGGACGCAGAAUCAUUCCUCGGCAUGGCCUGCAAACCAGACGGCACCGCGUACCCCGUGCACAACGGCAUUUUCGUCAAGCCCAACACGCCAGGGAACCCGUCUGACACGCCGCUCUUCAUCGGCGCUAUGGGCAUCAUCCCGAAGAAGGACGUCUACUACCGGACAUGGGAGAUCGGAUACUGGGUCGGAUCCUCGGCAUCGGGCAAGGGAUACGCGACAGAGGCGGCGCGGGGGUUUGCGCGGUGGGUGUUUGGGACGUGGCCGGCCUUGAACCGACUGGAGGCGGGCGUGUAUGCGAGGAAUGCGGCGAGUCAGAAUGUGCUGAAGAAGGUUGGCUUCGUCGAGGAAGGGAGGAAAAGAGAUUCGGUUGAGAAGAAUGGCGUGGUUUUGGACGAGGUCAUGUACGGGUUGCUGAGAAGGGAGUUUGAGACCAUGGUUUAG